AUGAUUCCAACAGGCGAAAAAAAGGACCAAGAGGAUCAGGCUACUCGGCAAAACGAGCAGUACCUUGGCCCAGCUUACGAUCCGUCUAGAGACCUUUCACCCAACCUGCCCUCAUGCGAACCCCACAUCAAAGGCGAACCCCAAGGGGAUGCACAGGGCACGCCUGGAAUCCAGGAUAACAACAAUCACACCGAUAAAAUGCUCCAAUCAUGCGGUUCGGACACUUGUCGACCUCAGCUGCACGAAACGUGUAGAUCGACUCCAUGCCCCCCAUCAAGACCCGUCCAGUCGAUUACUCCGCCAGAACUGCGAAGACCUGGAUCGUCUUUUGAUCAUCACAUUCCUAAAAUCGAGCCAGAUACAACACCAUCCACGCCUCCGACUCCACCAUCCAGUUGUGCCGAGGAAAUUGGAGGAUUUGCAAUUUGUGCGGGUUGUGGUAAUAAAAUAAGGGACCGAUACUACCUUCAAGCUGUGGAAAGGCGAUGGCAUGCCAAAUGCUUGAGGUGUUGUCAGUGUCGAAAUACUUUGGAUGGUGAUGUUACGUGUUUUUCCCGCGAUGGAAACAUCUACUGCAAGAAGGAUUACAAUAU